UGCAUCAUUUUUCAUCAACAAAUUCCAGAAUGUUCAUCUCGUAUUUAUCAAUGUUGAUUUAUAUGAUGAUGACCACUGUGACUAUUAUUGAUGCCUAUAGUAAUGGAGCACCAAAUGGUGAAGCAUGUCGCACAUUAUAUCCUGGUCAUGGUGUCGAUAAACAAUAUGGUCGUUCAUCAUAUCGAAUAAAUGCAUCGCAUCGAUUCAAUGAUUCAAAAAUAGUGGUCACAUUAUAUUCACCAUCGGAUACAUUUCUUGGAUUCAUCAUGCAAGCUAGAUUACAUAGUGAUCGUGAAAUGUUAGUCAAUGGACAAUUCUCUACUGAUGAACAUACACAAGCUUUGGAUUGUCUUGGUGGUUAUCAGAAUACAUUAACGCACACAAAUUCAUUUCCAAAAUAUAAAAUUGAAAGUGUAUGGACGGCACCGAAAAAUUUUAUCAGCGAUAUUGUAUUUCGUGUUACUGUUGUACAAUCAAAAAAUGUCUUCUGGACAGCUAUCGAUUCGGAUAUGAUUGAAUUAUCGCCAAAUCCAUUAGGCGUUCAAUAUAAUCCGAAUAGUUUCAAUUCAUUCAACACUCCCAAUGAUUCACCACAGGUGCCUAGUGGAUUUGUCAUGAAUAAAGAUGGUGGCCAUCAUCAUCAUCAUGGCCGUUCUCCAUAUCAUGUAGCGCUAUCAUCAUCGGCCAUUACACCACCAUCACCAUUUUUAACCGUAUCACAUCAACCAUUAGUACAGAAUUCACCAAAACACGAUCCGAGCCAUAGUACUCGUGAUCUUAUCUAUUAUCUAGAUUAUAAUGUCUGCAGUCGCAAACUUUGUUUCGGUUUACCACAUGGUUGUCUUCGUCGACGAAAUUGUAUAAUGUUAUUGACGGCCGGUUUUGUUCCGUACACCGAUUCCACAGUGGAAUUCGAAAUAAUUGCUGAUCAUAAAACGGCUAUGAGCAGUAAACGAGCAGUAGCAUUUGGAUCAACAUCACCAAUAAUAUCUACCUCAGCCUAUUAUUCGAUGGCAUUAUCACAUGAUAAAAUAAUGGGUAAUGAUAGUGUUACCGAUUGUAUUCUGAGCAAUGGUCGACCACAAAUUAUGAAUAGUAUUAAUGUGGGAAAAUCAAAUGAAGAACUAUCCGAAAGUGAAUUUCAUGGUGUAACCCUCAUGAACGCUACAUAUCAUAAUGGAAUUCUUUUUUGUAAAUGGCGUAAACGACGUCGUUUUACUUUACGUGGUACUCGUUAUAAUCUUCGAGAUGAUAAAUAUCAUAUCAUGUUGGCGUUUGGCCGUCUAUCUAGUUUUAGCAAUUUCCGUCGUAAAGAACCACAUUUCGAUAAGAUUGUUUCCGAUUCGAUGGUCGAUUUUCGUAUGACCGGUUCAAUAUCAGCUUAUUCGAAAACGUUUCUGAUCAAAUUUCAUGCAUUCUUCAUGAUUGUUGCCUGGGUCGGUUUUGCCAGUAUUGGUAUCAUCACGGCACGUUAUCUAAAACCUUUAUGGCUAUCACAUUCAUUGUUUGGUGUUCGUAUUUGGUUUGCGAUACAUCGUUCGAGCAUGAUGGCUUCAUUGAUAUUCGUCUGCAUUGGAGCCAUUAGCAUUUUCCUUUACGUUGAUGGUUUUGUUUUUGGAUAUCAUCAAAUACUUGGAUUGAUCGCCAUAAUUUGUGCGAUAGGAAAUCCAAUUGGUGCCGUAUUUCGGCCCGAAUGUGAAUCAAGUAAACGAUGGAUAUUCAAUUGGAUACAUUGGCUAAUUGGAAAUAUUGGCUUUGUAUGUGCCAUCGGUGCAUUAUUCAUGGCAUUUCAAUUGAAUGCUAUACAUUUAUCUACACCAUAUCUAUGGUCAAUAGCUUUCUAUUUAUUUUUCAAUCUAACCGUACAUUCAUUAUUGCAAUUGUAUUUCUGCAAUUGUCAUCAUACCAAAGAAUCAAGCGACAUAUCGAACGGAUCAUUACCAUCUGCAUCAAAUACUAAUCAACGAAUCGAUAGUCUGGCCGAUACAUCAUUUUUACGUUAUUUUUUUAUUUUAUACGUUUCCGUUAUAUUAAUUUUUGUGAUCACAAUCAUCUCAUUUGUAUUGAUUAAUUAAACUUAUUUUUUUUACUUGUAAAUAAUCACCAAUUUGCUGUACAAUCGUCAAUUUUAUGGUCAUUGGGGUCAGAACAUUGUCUCAUCGAAUCAUUGAUCCUAAUUUUUUUACAUGCAAAUUCAAACACAUUUCUAAUGUUCACAAUACACAUUCACACCUAUAUUUUUAGUCAGAAAUUUCACCGAAUUUUAUUUUUUCUCUCAUAAGCCUGUCUAAAUGCAUUCUAUGCUGAUUGUCUUAUCGAACGACAUUCAUUUUUAAUUGGUUUGUUAAAGAAGUAAUAAAAUUAUUUUAAUUUUUU